AUGGAUCCUCUGUUUAAUACAAGCGCUGUGCCAAAUUGGACUGCGAGCCCCAACGACACCGACAACGACAAAGAGUACGGGAACCAGUUUGUGCAGCCUGUCUGGAGAAUCGUCCUCUGGGCUAUUGCCUACAGUUGUAUCGUUAUAGUGUCAACAGUAGGCAAUGUUACGGUGAUCUGGAUCAUUAUGGCGCACAAACGCAUGAGGACUGUCACCAACUACUUUUUGCUGAACCUGGCUUUCGCCGAAGCCUCCAUGUCCACCUUCAACACGGUGAUCAACUUUGUCUACGCAGUGCACAACGAGUGGUACUUUGGACUGGUCUACUGCCGAUUCCAAAACUUCUUUCCAAUCGCCGCUGUCUUCGCCAGCAUCUACUCCAUGUCUGCGAUCGCUCUGGACAGGUACAUGGCCAUUAUCCACCCCCUGCAGCAGCGCAUGUCGUCUACAGAGACUAAGGUGGUGGUUGCAGUGAUCUGGGCUCUGGCUCUGCUCCUGGCCUUUCCUCAGUACUACUACUCCAACACGGAAAAGAUUGGCGGCAGGAUCCUAUGCUACAUUGACUGGCCUGAAUACAAAGUCUGCAACGUGGAAAAGAUGUACCAAGUGUCUGUGGCCAUCUUGCUCUACUUCCUUCCCCUGCUGGUGAUGGGCUGUGCAUACCUUGUGGUUGGACUCACACUUUGGGCCAGUGAGAUCCCAGGAGAUUCUUCUGACCGCUACAGAGAGCAGCUGAUAGCCAAGCGCAAGGUGGUGAAGAUGAUGAUCGUGGUGGUGUGUACGUUCGCCGUGUGCUGGCUGCCCUACCAUACCUACUUCCUGCUGAACCAGUUCUUCCCUGACAUGUCUCAAAAACCUUUCAUGCAGCAGUUCUACUUGGCCAUCAUGUGGUUGGCUAUGAGCUCCACCAUGUAUAAUCCCAUCAUCUACUGUUGUCUGAAUGACAGGUUUCGCGCUGGUUUUAAGCAGGCCUUCCACUGCUGCCCCUGUGUCCCAGAAGGCUCCUAUGAAGGCCUGGAACUCAAGUCCACUCGGUACCUUCAGACUCAGACCAGCGUUUACAAAACCAGCCGAAUGGAGACCACCAUAUCCACGGUUGUUCAUGCCGGCGACGACGCUGACCCGACCAAAAUUAAGAAUAAAGGAAGACUGGGACCUGGCGGAGCUGUGGUUAGUGCACGACCACAUGGUUCAUCCCUUGACCUCACUUCCAAUGGAUCAUCUUCCCAGAGUGUCUCCAAAACCGUUUCAGAGACUUCCAGUUUUUAUUCCAGUUACAACACACAGGAAUAA